AUGAUUAAGUAUCUAAGAUCUAAGAUAUUGGAAUUUUAUGGUAGUUAUCAACAUAAUUAUUUGUAUUUAUAGUGUUGCUAGAGUACUCAUGGUCAGCUAGGAAUCUUAUAUCGUAUGUACUGCAUCUGUUUAUUAGUGCUAAAAAACUAAUUGUACAUAGUAACAAUAUAUAAUUUGCCAUUUAUAUUUACUUAGUAUUUUAAAUAUUUAAUAUAACUUUUACUCUUUUUUAAUUAAGUAAUUCUGAGUUAGAUUAUGAUAUAAAAUCGUUAGUCUUUAAUCAGGUCAAAACAUAAUAAUUAAAAAAGUUAUCUCUAAAAAUAUAAGGAGAGAAAAUCCAAAAUAUUAAUCUGA